AUGGGGGCCUCAGCCAACGACACCGGCCGGGGAAACGCGCCCCUCACCAUCCCGCUGAUGGCCAAGAGCACGGCAGACCUCAUAAGGGCGCUCAAGAUCGGCACCCCUGACGUGUACGGCUGGUCCCUUGGCGGUGCAGUGGUCACGGCCAUGGCCGCCCUGCACGGCAGCAGCUUCCGCUACGGUGUCAUCAUCAACGGCUUCGCAGGCGGCAGGGGCAGCUACAUGAUGCCAGGGCAGAGCGUGGAGCCGUUCUUGGCGGUCAAGGGGGACGUGAAUAAGUACCUGGAUUUGCUCUUCCCCACCGGCGCCGACGACCCGGGCGCGUGCGCGCUGUUCGCCACCUGGAACAGCUUCUACAGCUCAAACUUCUCAAAGCUGGCUGCUCCCAUCAGCGAAAAGGCGCGCGGCCCGAGUUUUGGCACUCCGCCUCGCCGCGCCCGCGGUCGCGGGCUUUGCCGUGCCGUCCGGGAGCAGUAUGCGGCGGUGGAGCGCUUUUUCGCCGACGACUCAGUGCUGGCCGCGCUCCCCUCGGUCCGCAACCGCCUGCUCGUCUUCGCGGGCACGCAGGACCGACUGGUGCCGGUCCGCAACGCCGCCGUCAUCGCCGGCCCCGUUCCCGGGUCGUGGAGCCUGCGAUUUGCGCGGGAGGGCCACGGGCUGCCGUUCUCGUCGCCGCGGGCGGUGAUCUAG